UUCACUCAUCCACUUCACGUGGUUGCUGGUACUCGCUGGCAGCAUUAGUUUUUCUCUCCUAGCAAGAUAUUCAGUGAUGUACCACGUCUGGAAUGUCGGCUUCGACGGUCGACCCCAAAUCAUGGGCAUCGGUCGGAGGCCAUGAGCAAAUUCCGUGUCAACCCUCUCAGAUAGUCACGUCAUGCUUCUCGUUUGUGGUAGGCAGGGCUGAUCUCUUGUCGGCCCCGCCGUCGACACUCAGGCGGUGGCCGACGUGCUUGUACUCACGGGAAAACCACUGCACAGGUGUCUGCGACGAGUUCCUCUCGUAGGAGGUUUGCAGCAGAUCGUCGUGCGCUCCGCUCAUCAAGCUUCUCAUUUUCUUUGAAUUGCGCUUUACUAGAACUUGACAGAUGUCUGGACUUUCCUAAUUGGGCUCGUCAUCUCGAGGGCCAUAGCGCAGGAACACCCAGUUAUAUACCCCCGCCUCGCGGCCAUGAAGGGCCACCAGCUUCCUCUGCUGCCCCAGAUGUCUGUCCUCGUCCAACGCUUUCCAGAGCCCCGCACCACGUCGUUCGCCGACGCGAGUGGUGCCAAUGAGAUCCUCGUGACUUACAUGACCGAACUCAGGCGCACCGAGUUCGAAAUCAAUGUAUUCAUAAGCCCCGCCUCCGGAGGUGUCUCUAGCCGCCUACCACACGCCUUUCCGGAAACUACAGCCGUUUUCCGGGACCGCAUCUUAACCCAAGGGAUGUCCUUCGCAAUCGACAUCGCGCGGGGCGAGUACACGCAAGACCGCUGCACUGGGUGGACGCUCAGCGUUCAAUGGGACGAGCGUGGUGCCACUGCCGUCCCGGUCGCCUCCUUCCGCGUGCUCCACUCCAUCUCCAAGGACGUUCACCGCGCGGUGAACAUCAGCACCGACCUCGUCCUCGAGGCCCUUAUCCGCUCUCUGCGCAGCUCCGCGCUCCUCUUCCUCGAUUACUGCCUUGGCCCAGUGCAAACCCAGAGCCUGUUCAUGCCUCCGGGUGCCUGGGAGUCGUGUUGCGAGCAGUCGGUCGUCCUGUACCGCUACCGGCCAGCGCAGGAAAACGCAACGGCGGGGUCGGGCAAGAUAGUUUCGGUGAAGACCAUUACGUCACGGCUGAUGCGCCCUUGCGAGCGCGCUGGGUGUCGGUCGUUUGUGCCGUAUAGCGUGCAUCUGAGUCGAGCCUUGUGUGGGAGGCACUUGUAGCGGGGAGGAGUGGAUGGCGGAUAAUGAGAGAGCAAUUGUAAUUGUAUGUAGCCAGCGGACUGCACUGUGUAUCCGGAUCGAGAACAAG